UGGGAGAAGCAGUGUAGCGCAGAUGCGCGUGAACGAUCGAACGUAUAGUAUCUCGAGACGCUUGGUGUCUCUCACAGUUUGGUGCUAGGAAGUCCUGCGUACAAACUACUGGUGUCUCUUAAAACGUUUGAGUGAAACGUCAUUCUCCGGAGACUCGUCCAGCUUUCAUUCAGCCGGAUAUGAGACAAUUCCCGACCAGGGAAACGAUCGAUAGAAUAUUCCGUUAAGUUAUUAUUUAUUUAACACACGACCUCCUGAAAUUAUCAUAUCCUUCCUCAUAAUGCCGUUCACGGCGGACGCGGCGGCGACUCAGAUACAGGAGCGCCUAAAGAACAUUUACAAUCUCGUGCACGAGAUUGAGAAUCAACGAGUCCGCUCCGAGCACAACCUAAACAAUAUCAUGAAGACUCAUGAGAAAGUCACACCCGACGACAAAGUCUCUCCUUACUAUCAGCAAAAGUUAAAAAAUUUGUACAAUGCCGCGGUGACUGAUACCCAGCAGGAAGAAGAGAUCCUGCGCAAGGCUCUUGCUAAGAUUAACGAGAUACGCACGAUACGGAACGAACGACGCAUACAAGCACGUCAAGCCGGCAAUAAGGAGACUAUCAGACGCGGGGCACUGAUGAAGAUGCUGCUGAGCACCGCGCAGACCCUACCCCUCUACGUGGGAAAGACACCGGGCGCCAAACCACCACCACUGUGCGGCGCGAUACCCGCCGAGCCUACCUACAUUGCGAAGAUGGGCGACAUGGUAGCCGCAUUAGUGAAAGGCAACGAAGAAGGAGAGAACUGGAUACUCGCGGAGGUCGUGCAAUUUAAUGCUGCGACAAAUAAAUACGAGGUGGACGAUAUUGACGAGGAGCAAAAGGACCGCCACACGUUGUCACGGAGACGAGUGGUACCACUGCCACUGAUGAGGGCCAAUCCUGAGACCGAUCCGCACGCCUUAUUCCCGAAAGGAUCCACAGUAAUGGCGCUCUACCCGCAAACUACUUGCUUUUACAAGGCGGUCGUGCAACGUCAACCAAGUACCGCCACGGAAGAGUACCUGAUCCUGUUCGAGGACGCUGCUUACGAGACCGGCUAUUCACCUCCAUUGAGUAUAGCGCAGCGUUAUGUGAUUUCCAUCAAAGAGAGCAAAAAAAAUAAGAGUCAAUGUUAGUAAGCAAUACCAUUUUUCCAAAUUUUUUUUAAAUUUUUUAUUAAAUGAAUUUCGUUAAAUUUUCUGAUCAAUUUGUCAAGUCCUCUGAUCAAUAGAAAAUUUUGAGGUAACCAUCUAUUUUUUAUAAUCAAUAGAAAAAAAGCAUACGCAACCAGCAGACAACGUGCAACUGCGAUAGCUAAGCCUCUUGGUUAUACAUAUAUCAAUAUGCAUGUAUAUAAUAUCUGUGACAUCGACUAAUCCCAUAAAUUCCAUUACAGCCUCCAGGAAGAAACAAUAUAUAUGAAAGAAAUAUUUCUAGAAAAGGUGCACUUGGUUCAUCUACGUUAGCU